AUGACCCCAUCAUUGUCGCGUGGAGGCACGGAUGCCCCAGGCGCCAGAGGGAGCCGCCGCGACCUUUACCUCAUGGACAAAUUGUAUCCCGAGAAUCCCAACCUGGCCGCCACGGCUGGCUCUGCUACUGCUUCCGUUGCUGCUGGAGCUAGAGGUGCGCAACGGCAUCAAGGGUCUAUUGGGUACCCUAUGCCGGGAGACGUCAGGGAUGACACGCGCUCACCUCCUCCACAGUACGGUAACGCUGCGACGGGAUUUCAUGGGCAGGUGCCCGGUAUAGUGCAGGUCCUGUACUUUUGA